CCGGCUGCGCGGGAAGCUUAGCGCGGGAAUACCUCCGAGCUGAGCUGUAUAGUCCAUUUCUCUGCCCGCUGCGGACUCGGGAGGAUGAGUUGCAUUAACCUGCCCACCGUGAUGCCCGGCUCCCCCAGCAAGCUCCGGGGACAGAUCCAGGUGAUCUUGGGGCCUAUGUUCUCCGGGAAAAGCACAGAGCUCAUGCGGAGAGUCCGACGUUUCCAGAUUGCCCAGUACAAGUGCCUCGUGAUCAAGUAUGCCAAAGACACUCGAUAUGGCAAAAGUUUCUCCACACAUGACCGGAACACUAUGGAAGCACUCCCAGCCUGCUUGCUUCGGGAUGUGGCCCAGGAUGCCCUGGCUGUGACUGUCAUUGGCAUUGAUGAGGGACAGUUUUUUCCAGACAUUGUAGAAUUCAGUGAGAGUAUGGCAAAUGCCGGGAAGACUGUGAUUGUAGCUGCACUGGAUGGGACCUUUCAGAGGAAGGCAUUUGGGAAUAUCCUGAACUUGGUGCCACUGGCAGAAAGUGUAGUGAAACUGACCGCAGUGUGCAUGGAGUGCUUCCGGGAAGCUGCUUAUACUAAGAGACUAGGGGUGGAGAAAGAGGUUGAAGUGAUUGGUGGUGCUGACAAAUAUCAUUCUGUGUGUCGACUCUGCUAUUUCAAGAAGUUCUCAGGACAGUCUACUGGGCAGGAAAAUAAAGAGAAUUGUUCCCUCAAUGGGAAGUUGGAGGACACCUCAAGCUGUCGGAAACUCUUUACUACUCAACAGAUUCUUCAAUGCAGUUCAAACAAUUGAGGCAGUUGGAAUAUACCUAGAACUGGCCUCCUGGAGAGAGAUACCUUCAAGCAUUCUGACUGUGUGUAUAUAUAUGGGGAAGUCACCUGCAACCUGCUUCUCCAUUUCUAGCCAUGUUACACCUAUUGCUUAUACCGUCACCAUGUUUCUAUGUUCCUCAGAAAGAGGGAGGACCAGAAAAGAUCUUGGGAAGAGAGAAAUAGGAAAGCAGUGCUUUCAUAACUUGAAAAAAAACUUUUUGAAACAAUGACUAUAUUUUAUAACUUAAUUCCAUCCUUCCUCUGUUUGCCAUACUGCCCCAACUUCUGCUUGGUAAAAUAUACAUUGCCAGUAAAAUCCAAAAUCCUUCACUUUCCUUUCUUCGGCUUCAGUCUUUCUAAAUAAAGUCUUUGUUAUUCCCCUGAA